UGCUUUCCCUCUAAAAAAAAACAGCUAAAGCCAUUGUACAAACCAACAAACCAAAACCUGACAGAUAGCAGUACUGCAGUAGACAGAUCCAAUUUUUGUAUUCACAAGCAUUUUGGGGCAAAGGGAUUCCGCUGCUAAAAUGCACUGUUGGCUCUCAAGGAUACCCUCGGGCACUUUCCCGCAUCGGGCGUGUACGUCUUGAUCCGACCUCCGCGCCAUCCCGGGCUUAUGUUAUGUGCCCAUGCUUGUCCCCACACAGUCCCAGAGCCCUGCCCGGUGUGCAGUCACACACGGGGAGCUGCCGGGAACGGGAGCGGCCGAGCCCAAGGCAGCGGAGCGAGGCUCGCGGCGUGUGGAGACAGGCUCUUAGUGCAGAGGGCUGUCGCAAUUGCCGGUGAAAGAUCCUUUCUAUUUUUUACUGAGGUGGCCGUGGUUCCCAGGGGAGACACCUCUCAGGUGUGGUCCCGUUCUACAAAAGCCUCUUGAAGGCUGGCUCCAGGCAUCACAAGGAAAAACACUGUUUUGGCUGAAGUGCUCGGCUUCAAGACUUCACUUUGUUCCUYACAACUUGGAGGGAUAUGAAGCCAAUUGGAAAAGUGCUUUGUGCUACAGGGGUUGUGGCUGGGCUCCUAGCUUUCUUCUGGAAAGACGAUUUUAACCCAGAGAGCUUGUCUGGUGCCCGUGUUCUCGUGACUGGAGCCAGUGCUGGCAUUGGAGAGCAGAUAGCAUAUCACUAUGCCAGAUUUGGUGCUGAAAUUGUGCUGACUGCCAGRAGGGAAGCUGUGCUGCAGAAGGUGAUGGAGAAAUGCCUGGCACUUGGAGCAAAGAAAAUAUCUUAUAUCCCUGCAGAUAUGUCUUCCCCUUCAGUAYCUGAAAAGGUGGUUCAGUUUGCUGUCCAAAAGCUGGGGGGCCUGGAUUACCUGGUGUUGAAUCACAUUGGCACGAACCGUUUCCAGAUGUGGACUGGAGAUGUGGAAUACACCGGCUGGCUCAUGCAGGUGAAUUUUCUGAGUUAUGUGGCACUUGCAACAGCAGCUCUUCCCACCCUGGAGGAGAACAGAGGCUCUCUGGUGGUUGUUUCUUCCCUUGCAGGGAGAAUGCCCACUCCCUUCACCACUUCUUACUCUGCCACCAAGUUUGCACUGGAUGGAUUCUUCAGCUCACUGCGCCACGAGCUCAUCAUGCAGAAGAGAAAUGUGUCAGUCACACUGUGCAUCCUGGGCCUGAUUGACACUGAUUCAGCACUGGAGAACAUCAGRGGUAAAGUGCACCUCAGUGCCUCACCUGCUCCCAAGGCUGCACUUGCCAUCAUCCGGGGAGGAGCCACCCGGGUGCCUGAGGUUUUCUACCCACGGUGGCUGCAGCAGCUCUGCUGCUUCCGGGCUUUGUUCCCCAGCACUGGGAACCAGGUGCUGCGUACUUUCUAUAACUACACCAGUCCUUAAGGGAUGCUGGUCCCCUCUCCCAUCCCAUAUCCCUUCUAAUCACAUUCCUGCCAUCCCAACCAGCCACUGGUGUCAAGCAGGAGCAGGGCAGCAGUGCUGGCAAAGUAACCUUUUCUUAACAUGACUCUUGGCUCUGAUCCUGCUCCAGCCAUGGUUCUGCUGYUGCCACCCAUCAGUCAGAGAUCUUUCCCACUGUUCACUCUGUCUUAGCCUUCCUUCCAUCCCCCCUCCCCUCCUUCUCCACCCUCACCUAUUUGCUUUUACUGCAUCCAGCCUUCUCUCAGCCCCAGUUUUAUGCUCUGUCUGUCUGUACAGGAUGUCCUGGAAUAUCUGUAUAUUCCCGGGACGUCCUCCUCUACUA